UUGCCGCAAUGAGUUUAGCAAAGCGCGUUGCUCAAGAAGUCGGAACAACAAUUGGUUACAAAGUAGGAUACUCUGUGAGAUUCGACGAUGUCACGUCUCGAUCUACUCUUAUAAAGUAUUUGACUGAUGGCAUGUUAUUACGUGAAUUACUCACCGAUCCUUUGCUGAAAAACUAUUCUGUCGUGAUUCUUGAUGAAGCACAUGAACGAACAGUUCGUACUGAUAUACUUUUUGGAAUGGUGAAAAGAGCACAGAUGAUUAGGAGUAAGAUGACCGAUGAUAUCCAAAAAGGGAUGUCAUCAUUGAAAAUUAUAAUUAUGAGUGCAACAUUAGACGCGAAAAAAUUUGCAAACUAUUUUAAUACUUCCACUAUAUUAUCCAUACCUGGUCGUCAAUUCCCUGUCACAGUGUAUAAUACCCUUGAGCCUCAAGCUGAUUAUUUGGAUGCCGCAUUAAUAACAACUUUCCAAAUUCACACCGAACAACCUCCGGGUGAUAUAUUAAUUUUCUUACCUGGACAAGAAGAUAUAGAAACACUCGAAAAGUUAAUAAAUGAUUAUGGUACUACACUAUCAUCUGAUAAAUUAAAGAUAAUACCAUGUCCAUUAUUUGCUGCGCUUCCAUCCGAGCAGCAGGCCAAAGUAUUUGAUCCUGCACCACCUGACUCUCGGAAAGUUAUAUUAGCUACAAAUAUUGCAGAAACUUCAAUUACUAUCCGUGGCGUACGAUAUGUAGUUGAUACUGGGAAAUUUAAAAUGCGGAAAUUUAAUUGGAAAAUUGGCAUGGAAAGUUUAUCAAUUCAAGAUAUUUCUAGAAACUCUGCUAAUCAAAGAAUGGGCCGGGCAGGGAGAGAGGCGGCUGGAUUUUGUUACCGCUUAUAUACCGAAGAAGAAUUUCAAAAGAUGAAAGAAGAUACAGUCCCAGAAAUUAAGCGAUGCAAUCUUGCGUCAGUUAUUUUAUUGCUGAAAGCACUAGGGAUUGAUAAUGUGCUUGAUUUUGAAUAUCUUGAUUGUCCACCAAGAAACUCAU